GCACAAACUGGAUCUUCCUCAACGUUACUGUAGGAGUGCCAUCAAUAGUUUGACAAUUCUAAAAACUGUUCUGCGAAUUUGUUUAAAUAACUUAACGCCAGAAUGCCUGACGCCGAGCAAUUGCCAGAGGGCUGGGAGAAGCGUACCAGCCGCUCCACAGGACUAAGCUAUUACCUAAAUGUGCAUACGAAGGAAUCGCAGUGGGAUCAGCCCACUGAGCCGGCCAAGAAAAACGGAGGAGAUAACGAUGAGGUACAAUGUCUACAUCUGCUGGUAAAGCACAAGGGCAGCCGGCGUCCCAGCUCAUGGCGCGAGGCUAACAUCACGCGCACAAAGGAGGAGGCCCAGCUGCUUCUGGAGGUAUAUCGCAACAAAAUCAAUCAACAGGAGGCAACCUUUGACGAGUUGGCCCGCGCUUAUUCUGACUGCAGUUCCGCCAAAAGAGGCGGCGAUCUUGGAAAGUUCGGCAAAGGUCAAAUGCAGCCGGCAUUCGAAGAGGCCGCCUUCAAAUUGCAUAUCGGCCAGAUGUCGCCUAUCGUCGAAAGCGAUUCUGGCCUGCACAUUAUCCUGCGCAAGGCCUAGACACCUGGACUCCUCGAUCACCGACCCCACAUCUCUCUCUUCACAAAAAUAAAACAGAAUUUACAUUUAUUUCAAUAUA